CUCUCUUCACCUAUAUCAUUAUCCAUAUCUUCUUCUAUAUGUAUCCAAAGUCUCCAUGAGCUAGCUUUGAACUUCAUAUCACUCCUGCAAAUGCGAUAACAUAUUCAUGGCUUUUCGAGCAUGGUUAUUGGUUUUCUUCCUAGGAGUAGAACUGAGCACUUUUGUUUUCCAAUGCUCAGAGUCCAAGUAUAUCAAGUACAAUACAACAUCGACCAUUGUUCCUGGGAAGCUCAAUGUUCAUUUGGUCCCUCACUCUCACGAUGAUGUCGGAUGGUUGAAGACUAUUGAUCAGUAUUACCUUGGCACCAACAAUACCAUUCAAGGAGCGUGUGUUCAAGAUGUGCUGGAUUCUAUGGUUCCGGCUUUGUUGGCUGACAGGAAUCGCAAGUUCAUCUUUGUGGAACAGGCAUUUUUCCAGCGAUGGUGGAAUGAACAGAGCGAGGAGAUCCAAAGUAUAGUCAAGAAGCUUAUCAGCUCUGGUCAGCUGGAGUUAAUAAAUGGAGGUUAUUGCAUGCAUGACGAGGCGACUUCACAUUACAUUGACAUGAUUGACCAAACAACUCUUGGGCAUCGAUAUAUCAAAGAACAAUUCAAUGUAACUCCAAGAAUUGGUUGGCAAAUUGAUCCAUUUGGACAUUCUGCAGUGCAGGCUUACUUGUUUGGGGCUGAGGUUGGGUUUGACUCUCUUUUCUUUGCGCGUAUUGACUACCAAGACAGAGCUAAAAGGAAAAAUGAGAAAAGUCUUGAGGUUAUCUGGCGGGGCUCUAAGAGUUUUGGUUCAUCUGCACAAAUUUUUGCUGGUGCAUUUCCGGAGAAUUAUGAACCUCCCAGUGAUUUCUACUUUGAAGUGAAUGAUGAUUCCCAUGAUUCGCCUAUUGUUCAAGAUAACAUCAAUUUAUUUGACUAUAAUGUUCCUCAGCGCGUCAACGAGUUUGUAGCUGCUGCAGUAAAACAAGCUAACAUUACUCGCACAAAUCAUAUUAUGUGGACCAUGGGAACAGAUUUCAAGUACCAAUAUGCACAUACAUGGUUCAAACAAAUGGACAAGUUUAUUCAUUAUGUCAAUCAAGAUGGGCGUGUUAAUGCCCUCUACUCAACCCCAUCAAUAUAUACUGAUGCGAAACAUGCGGCAAGAGAGGCCUGGCCGAUCAAGACUGAUGACUACUUUCCAUACGCAGACCGUGAACAUGCUUACUGGACUGGAUUUUUUACUAGUAGGCCUGCCCUCAAAGUCUAUGUUAGAGUGAUGAGUGCCUACUAUUUGGCAGCAAGGCAAUUGGAAUUUUUUAAGGGGAGGAAUAAAUCGGGGCCCAACACAGACUCUUUGGCUGAUGCUAUAGCAAUUGCUAACCAUCAUGAUGGAGUUACUGGUACAGAGAAGCAGCAUGUGGCAUAUGAUUAUGCACUACGACUUGCAAUAGGUUACAAGGAGGCAGAGAAUGUUGUUGCAGAAUCACUUGCUGUCAUAGCAAACUUGAUAUCAAAAACUGGUUGGAGUCCGCAGACUAAGUUUCAUCAGUGUCCACUGCUGAAUAUAAGUUAUUGUCCUCCAUCAGAAGUUGAUCUGUCAAAUGGGAAAAACCUGGUAAUUGUUGUCUACAAUCCUCUAGGAUGGACAAGAAAGGAUGUUAUAAGGAUUCCCGUUAUCAAUGAAAAUGUGGCUGUUUGGGAUUCUAGUGGAAAAGAAGUUGAAUCACAGCUCCUACCUCUACUUGAUGUCUCUGUGGGAGUAAGGAAGUACCAUGUUAAGGCAUAUCUGGGUAAAUCUCCAAAAACAAUGCCUAGUUAUUGGCUCGCAUUUUCAGCAACAGUACCACCUCUUGGUUUCAGCACUUACAUUGUCUCAAGUUCCAAAUCGGCAGAUGCUACUUCUGUGAGACAAGAUUACAAGUCAGAAAGCAGAAAAGAUGGUACAAUACAAGUAGGUCCAGGAAAAUUGAAACUUAUUUAUUCUGGAAAUCAAGGAAAUCUUGCACAAUAUAUUAACAGCAAAAGUUUGGUUAAAGAAUCUGUACAACAAUCAUAUCUCUAUUACCGUGGAGAUGAGGGAAAUCAAACUGUGAAUCCUCAGGCCUCUGGUGCAUAUGUCUUUCGGCCAAAUGGUACAUAUCCCAUCAAAUCUGAUAACAAGGCUUCUUUUUCUGUUUUUCGGGGACCUUUAUUGGAUGAAGUACAUCAGAGGAUCAACUCAUGGAUAUAUCAGAUCACCAGAGUAUACAAGGAAAAAGAGCAUGUGGAAGUUGAGUUCCUGGUUGGGCCUAUACCUUUUGGUGAUAAAAUUGGCAAGGAGGUUGUAACUCAGAUUACAACAACACUGAAAAACAACAAGACGUUCUAUACUGAUUCUAGUGGGCGCGAUUUUAUUGAAAGGAUUCGAGAUUAUAGAAAAGAUUGGGACCUGGAAGUAAAUGAACCUAUUGCAGGAAAUUAUUACCCAAUUAAUCUUGGAAUUUACCUUAAAGACAACAGAAAUGAGCUCUCAGUCUUAGUGGAUCGAUCUGUGGGGGGAUCCAGCAUCAGGGAUGGGCAGCUAGAACUGAUGCUUCACAGGAGGUUGAUUCGAGAUGAUUCAAGAGGUGUUGGAGAGGCACUAAAUGAGACAGUUUGCAUUUCUAAGAAAUGUAGAGGACUAACUAUCGUAGGAAAGUAUUAUCUUAGAAUUGAUCCUUUAGGAGAGGGCGCAAGAUGGCGUCGAUCAUUUGGUCAGGAGAUAUACUCUCCACUUCUUGUAGCCUUCACUGAGCAGGAUGGACAUGAUUGGACAAAGUUACAUUUGCCAACCUUUCAUGGGAUGGCCCCCUCCUACAAUUUGCCUGAAAAUGUUGCAAUAAUAACCCUCCAGGAACUGGAAGAUGGAAAAGUUCUUUUUCGUUUGGCACACCUAUACGAGGUUGGAGAAGACAAGGACCUUUCAGUUAUGACAUGUGUAGAACUGAAAAAAGUUUUCCCAAAUAAGAAGAUAAAGAAGAUAACAGAAACGAGUUUAUCUGCUAACCAAGAAAGAACAGAGAUGGAAAGGAAGAGACUAGUCUGGAAAGUGGAAGGGUCUGCUGAAGAAGAAGAACCCAAGGUGGUGAGGGGAGGACCUGUUGAUCCCGCAAAGUUAGUGGUGAACCUUUCUCCUAUGGAAAUCCGCACCUUUGUCAUUGACUUCAGUUACUAAUGAAUGGUGGCGCAGUGAGAGUGAGAAGGUGAGAUCGUGAGACAGUGAAAGCUGACAGUGACAAAAUAAGAGUUUAGGACCGGACUGAACUGGACUGGACCGAAACCAGAUUUUUUUUAUUCUUAAGUCUAGACUGGUCUAAUCCCUAAAAAUAAUUAUGGAGUGCAGGUUUUUUUUUGUUGUUGAGAAUUAUUGAGUGCAAUUACUCUCAUUUCUUUCAUAUUUUUU